AUGGAAUCGACCACGGUGACCACGCUGCUAGAGCAAGGAGCGAAGCUAGUGUUGCGAUUUACCGCCUUUGAUUAUGGCAUUUUUGUCCUGCUGUUGGCCAUUUCCGUUUUGAUUGGGUUCUACUUUGGGUUUGUGUCCAAGAUUAAGCAGAACAAUGUGGAGGAGUACCUGCUCGGGGGAAAAUCGAUGCCCAAGUUUCCGGUGGCCGCGUCGCUGAUUGCUACGUCGGUAUCUGGAAUCUCGUUGCUGGGUGUUCCCACCGAUAUCUAUGCGUACGGGACACAAAUCUGGAUGUUUGUGAUUUCUGGUACAAUGACCGGCAUCGUGAUGCACUUCAUCUACCUCCCGGUGUUCCACGACAUGCAGCUGACGUCCUGUUUCUCCUAUCUGGAGCUUCGCUUCGACCGUGUUGUCCGCUUGGUCGCCAGCUUCGUGUACGCCCUGUCCGCACUGUUCCUGGUUCCGGUGGUGAUCUACGUGCCAGCCAUGGCCUUCGCACAGGUGUCCGGUGUUUCGCUGCACUGGAUCACGCCGAUUUUGUGUGUGAUUUGCAUGUUUUACACCACGGUUGGCGGGCUGCGAGCCGUCAUCUGGACUGAUACCGUUCAGUUGUUGUUGAUGUUGGGGGCCAUCUUUGCGAUCAUCGUUCUUGGACUGUCGGACGUGGGUGGAUUCUGGGAGGUUUGGCGCAUUGCAGAACGUGGAGAGCGGCUGGUGUUUUUUGAUUUAAAUCCCGAUCCAACGCUGAGGACGUCUUUCUGGUGCGUAACCCUCGGUAUGACCACCAACUGGAUCGCCGUCUUUGGCAUCAACCAAGCAUGCAUCCAGCGAUUCCUGGCCGUCCCAACACGAAAAGCAGCUAAAAAUUCCCUUAAAAUCUACAUCGUCGGUUUGCUGAUCAUCAACUCAUUUGCUUGCUUCAUCGGUUUGCUUAUGUACGCUCGUUACGAAGACUGUGAUCCGAUCACCACCAAACAGGUUCAGAAGCUCGAUCAGAUUGUCCCGUUCUACGUAAUGGACACCGCUGGGCGAAUUCCCGGUCUACCCGGACUGUUCAUCGCUGGAGUUUUCGCCGCUGCACUAUCAACCAUGUCGUCUUCGCUGAACACCCUAGCCGGUACAAUCUACGAAGACUUUAUCCGUCCAUGCCGUCCAAACGCGUCCGAGCGAUCUUCAAGCGCGACCAUGAAGCUGAUCGUGGUCAUCCUGGGUCUGCUCGUCAUCGGUCUGGUGUUCAUCGUCGAAAAGCUUGGUUCGAUCGUCCAGAUGGCCGUUUCCUGUACCGGCGUAAUUUCCGGCUCCGUAAUGGGCAUGUUCACCCUAGGAAUGGUCUCAACCCGGGCCAACACAAAGGGCGUCGUGUCCGGAGUGAUUGUCUCCAUCAGUUGCAUGAUCACGCUGUGGAUUUCGGCCCUCGGGAGGCUCAAGUACCCCUUUCUACCGUUCCGGACGGAUGGCUGCGACCAGGACAUUCUGAACGCAAUGGGGAAUGCAACGAUACCAGCACCAACCAACUCCACAGUUAGUCAAGCAGAAGCCGAACUGCCUGUGAUAUUCCGGGUUAGCUUCAUGUACUACUCGCUGAUUGGGCUGGUACUCUUCCUGGUGGUGGCAUAUCCGGUGAGCCUCAUGACCGGAGGAGGAAAGGUCCCGGAUGAGCGACUGCUGACACCGUGGGCCAGAAGGGGAGCACGCGGAGGAGAGAGGAAUAGUUUUCAAAUGAAAGUAAAGGAGGUAGACGAAUGUUUGCCGGAGUUGAUCAAGCACAAAAUUACGUCACCGGAGUAAAUGA